ACAAUUAUGGAUACGUCGUUGAUACGUCGAACACCCAACCCAGCCAUCCAACUACUACUUGGCCGCCUCACACGCUCCCACUCUUCCCAUGCCGCCGCCGUCGCCGUGAUACGUGGGAGCGGCACCACGCCCAUCCGCAUCACGCCGCGCCUCCUACACCGCGUCCGGGCGCAUCAGCUUCGCCUCGACCGGGCGCGCCGCAGCCGAGGGCAGCACCUCCGCUGCCCAUGGGCUCCGGGUCUAGGUCUGCCGGCCGCCGGCCGUCCACACAGGCCACAGCAGCUCCGUGUCCAACACUACAGCAGCGCCUCUGCCACCAGCCAACAGGCGCAGCAGCAUCAACCCAUAGCCACCGAACAAUUUUCUCUUCAUUCUCUUGUGAGUAAAUCCCCUUUUCAGGCCUUCGAUGUUUAAUCUGCAUUUUAUGGUCUGGUUAGUGAGUUGGUGAUGCUACUUGUGCAAUACUGCAGUUUACACUUAAAUUGAUAAUAUAAGCAUGAUGUAUCAGUUCACUAUUCUUUCUGCUAUAUACAUGUAUGAUUUUACCAUGUAUUAUUGUCAGUCGGCAAGAUUAAUUGUUUUGCUAACUUGAACUAUCUAGAAGUGAGAUUCAGAGGAAUUAGAUUGACAUAUAGGCUGCACCAAAACUACAUUAUUGUUGUUCCCUUAAAAAAUAUUUCAUUUUCUGUAUUUUUAAUUUACACAUAUAUAUAUAAGCGUAUUCCCGUAUCCUUGUUUUUGAGAAAAUGGUGUAUCCCGUAUCACGUAUCCCUAUCCGCAUCCCCGGGUAACAUAGCUAGUAGCAUUUUGCUAUAGUAAAUAUAUAGUACCAGCAGAGGAACCGUUUGCAUCGGCGGGAGUGCCAAGUUUUGUCCGUACCUCGCACCCCGAGAGCGUGCAGCGCUCCACGUUCUGCUGCUAACGCACGUGUGGACGAGAAGCAAACACCCAAACACCCAACUACCACCGCGCACACAGCACAGCAUGCCGGCGUGGCCCGCCGCCGCCGUCGCCAAGGCCGUCCCGUCCCCGUCCACGCCGCCGCCGCCGCACUCGCGCGGAGCAGGCCGCCGUCGCCUCCGCCCGUGCGGCGCAAAGAAGGGCCCCGGGACCGACGAGCGAGGCGCCACCGCCGGCGGCGGCGGCGUGGUCACCAGGGGCGCCCUCCUGCGGUCCGGCGCCGCUCUCUUCGCGCUCGGCUUCGUCGACGCCGGGUACAGCGGCGACUGGUCACGCAUCGGCGCCAUCUCCAAGGACACCGAGGAGGCGCUCAAGCUGGCCGCCUACGCCGUCGUGCCUCUCUGCCUCGCCGUCGUGUUCUCGCCAUCGUCGGAAGACGGCAGUAACAACACCUGAAUCCUAGGAAGAAGAGCCAUGCUGCAGAUCAUGUAGUCGUCGUGAUACCAUCAUGCUUACGUGUUGUAUACUUCGAUCGUGAUCGCAACGGGCAUUUCUUUUGCCUAAGGGGUGUGUUAUCAGCAGUGAAAAGCUUUGGCGUGUCACAUCGGAUAUACGGACAUAAAUUUAAAGUAUUAAAAUGUAGUUUGAUAGCAAAACUUCCGUCUAUAAAUUACGAGACGAAUUUAUUAUUUAAUUAAUCCAUCAUUAGCAAAUAUUUACUGUACCACCACAUUGUCAAAUCAUAGAGCAAUUAGGCUUAAAAGAUUCGUCUCGUAAUUUACACACAAUCUGUGUAAUUAGUUAUUUACAUUUAAUGUGACUGAGUGAAAAAUUUUUGCA